UCGUUUGAUCGGAGACAGGAGAAACAGGUUGACCGAUUGGUUUGUCCUUAAAAGGUCACCACAACGUGGGUGUUUCCGAUACACCACGGGUACAUAUAGGAGUGUAAACAAGUGCACGUAACAUAUAGGUACAUCAUUUAGGUGCGCUGACCACUGUCACUGACAGGACGUAUUGGUCAAACAUUACGGAUAGUUGAUGGUUCGAAUGAUGAUCAAUCAUAGUGCAGACAGGUUGUCAACAUCAUACUCUGGAGCGAGUCGGGUGGAUGUGUAAUGCUGGUCUAUAGUCUUACUGACUAAUACAUUGCUCGUGAACGGAAACUUACACAAGACGAACACCGAGGAUACAAACCAACAACUUUAAGACUGUUCCAAUUAAUUAUUCAAAAUGCCUUAUAGAACAGCUGCUAAGAAGAUUGCCCAGAAAACUAUGGAAAACGGGAGCGGACACGAUAGAGGACGGAGGGGGAGCACUUAUAUUCAAGUGCGCAUGCCCAAUCGCCCAGACAGGCCACAUAUUGAUACAGAUGAGGCUGCAGAUAACUCUAAAGAAGACUACGAUCCUACAGAUUGGAUUCAAAACUUGUUGAAUACGGUCAAGGACGAUGCACAUAAGACGCACAGCAUUUUCAGUGAAUUAGAUGUACUCCGAAAGUACAAUGAUGAUUACGAAUGGCGAGAAGCAGCAAGAUGGGUUAAAUACGAAGAGAAUGUUGAAGAGGGCGGCAAACGUUGGUCCAAGCCCCACGUAGCCUCGCUUUCGAUGAAAUCCCUGUUUGACCUCAGGGGAGCUAUAGCAGAGGGAGCUGUUAUUCUGGAUCUCGACUCCUACAGCAUAGCAGAAGUCGUGGAUAAUGUCCUUGACUGCUGGAUCGAUGCUGGACAUCUGGACAGUAAGAUGCGAGUUCAUGUCAGAAAUGUCUCCUUGAAAGAACACAUCCAUCGCCACACGAAGCGGCCGAAGAACAGUCGUUCUGUAGCCAAAAAUCUGGGGGAUAUAGCCGACGAUCCAGAAUACGGAGGCAGUGCUGCCUAUCUGAAUAGCGGAGCAAGUUUCGCCAGUAUAGAUAGUGUCAGUGGAAUUCCUACCUCAAACAGCGCCACUGACAUCCCAAACGACGGCGAUAACGCAACCUCAUCCUACUAUAAGCCAAACACCAACUUCAUGCGCAAAAUUCCUAAGGACGCAGAGGUUGCAAGCGUUAUGGUCGGUGAGAUUGAUGACCUGGAGGAGAGAAUAGUGGCCUUUGUGCGACUCAAAGAGCCACGACUCCUUGGGGAUCUGUGUGAGAUUGCUAAACCAGUCCGUUUCUUGUUCUUCUGCCUCGGACCAAAGGGUAGCGAGAUGGACUGUAUGGAGAUAGGCCGUUGUAUCUCCACUAUGCUUGUUGACGACAUUUUCCGAGAGGUCGCCUACAAGAGUCGCAAUGACGAAGACUUCAAGGCCGGGAUCGACGAGUUCAUGAACCAAGUCACAGUGCUGCCACCUGGCGAGUGGGAUCCGAAGAUUAGGAUUGAACCGCCCAACAAGGUCCAGUCACAGGAGUUCCGGCGAGCCUCUGUCCACAAUGUGUUGAGUGGUGUCGUCGAUCAGAAAAGCGUGUCAUCAGAGGAUGACCAUGGCGGCCAUGAUGACCCUGCACUUGAACUGUCCAAAAUACCGUUUAAGGGUUUGAGGGACGACAUCAUGAGGAAGAUUCCUUGGUACUGGAGCGAUUACAAAGACGCGAUCCACAUCCAGUGUCUCGCCUCCUUUGUAUACGUGUUCCUGGGAACCCUCACUCCCAAUGUCACAUUUGGAGGUCUCCUUGGUGAGGCCACUGACCAAUACAUGGGUGUGAUGGAGUGUAUAUUCGCCGCUGCUGUGACGGGAAUACUGUUCGCCCUAUUUGGAGGUCAACCUCUAAACAUCCUCGGCAGUACCGGCCCUAUGUUGGUACUAGAGUCCAUUAUCUACAAUCUCUGCAAGGACAACGACUGGGAGUUUAUGCCAGUGCGGUUCUGGGUAGGAAUGUGGACAGUGUUUAUCAUUAUGGUGAUAGUGACCUUUAACCUCAGUGCAUGGGUCAAAUACAUAACUCGGUUCACUGAAGACAGUUUCGCUACUCUUAUAGCGAUCAUUUUCAUAGUGGAGGCUUUCAAAAAGGUGGCAGAGAUCGGAAAAGACAGUCCGAUAAAUUUGAGUCCCCAUGACCCGCUUCCGACUGACUGCACAUGUAUUCCGCGCAACUGUACCGGGUACUUCGACACAAAUAUGACAGCAAUGAACAUGACGACAACAACUAUGGGAUACUCCUGCGAUGACGUGGCAAAUUUUACUGACUCUAUGUGGGGAACUCUGACCAUCGUAGCGUGUGAGUCGUAUGGCGGCACUCCAGUAGGACCCGGAUGUAACCCACCUCACUACGUCGCCGAUGUUUUCCUCUUCUCUAUCCUCCUCUUCAUCGGUACCUUUACCUGUGCGGUCGCCCUUGUAGAGUUUAAGAGUAGUACGCUUUUCCCGGCUGUGGUCCGCCAGAGGAUCAGUGACUUUGCCGUAUUGAUCGCCAUUAUAUCUAUGGUAGUCCUGGACUACGUGGUCGGUAUCGACACACCAAAACUGACCGUCCCGGACGAGUUUAAGCCGACCAAACCCGGACGUGGCUGGGUGGUGAACCCCUUCAGCGAGAGCAACCCCUGGUGGCUGUACAUCGCCACGGUCGUCCCCGCUAUCCUCUCCACUAUCCUCAUCUUCCUCGACCAGCAGAUCACCGCUGUCAUCGUCAACAGGAAAGAGAACAAGCUGAAGAAGGGUGUUGGUUACCAUCUUGACAUGUUCAUUGUGGCCAUAGUUGUGGCAAUCCACUCUGUACUUGGUUUGCCCUGGUAUGUGGCCGCCACCGUCUCCGCCCUCGCCCACAUCAACAGUCUCAAGAAGGAGUCCGAAUGUACCGCCCCGGGAGAGAAACCAACGUUCCUUGGCAUCAGGGAGCAGAGAAUGACCGCACUGUUUAUUGGCAUCCUCAGUGGUCUGGCCGUCCUCAUCACCCCCGUCCUCAAGAUGAUUCCGAUGCCGGUGUUGUAUGGUGUCUUCCUGUACAUGGGAUUCUCCGCUCUCCGAGGCAUGCAGUUCGUGGACCGACUGUUCCUGUUCUUCCAGCCCGUUAAGUACCAACCCGACCUCCCGUACAUCCGUCACGUGCCCCUGUGGAGGAUCCACAUGUUCACCAUCAUCCAAAUCCUGUGUCUGGUCAUUCUGUGGAUCGUAAAGACCAUCAAGGAAAUCUCCAUAGGAUUCCCCCUCUUGGUACUGGCGACGGGCGUGGUCCGCAAGCUGUUAGAAUGUGUCUAUACACAGAACGAACUACGUUAUAUCGACGAUCUGCUUCCUGGCGCCAAAGACAAAGGAAAGGACAAGGAAAAACAUUCCGUCCCGUACAAAUCCUUCCAUGGGAGUGUCAGUUCAGGGAAAAACGGAGUGAAAAACGGGGACUCCAUGUCCAAACCAUCAUUCUUUCUAUCCGAAGAAUGUGAACUCAAUAAAAGGUCGGGCACCAAUUCAAAAAACACCAAACUUUAAUUCCGAACAGUAACUGUCUGUUUAUCAAGUAGGAUUUGUUUCGGUAAUGUCACCGUGUGCCAUGAUUGUAUAAAACUCGGAGAAAGCCGAGCAACCACUGCCUACAGAACAUGCAAAUGUUCCCUACAGGUUGUCACGUGACGCGCCGCCGAUCGGAUGAGAGGAUAUUUCUACGUCGUACAGAAUUCGUGCUAUUUUGUUUUAUUUUUUAUUUCUGCCUUGGAAAUUUGAUUCAUCGUUUUAAAUGUGAACAAUUGUAUUUUUGAAAUCCUUCAAAAUCAUAUUUAUAGGUGUAUUACAUGUUUGUGCCUUGGUAUUUGAAUACUUAUAUACAUAAGACCAUUUGUUCACGUGAUGAAAUCCAGAUUUCGGUCAUAAAAAUCAUUCUGGUUAAUAUUUUUAUGAAAAAUACAAUACAAAUGCAUUUUCAUUUUAACACUUUUCUAGACUAGAGAGUGAAGUAUUUUUGCCUUUAAUAUGGCGGUGCCUGUCAGUAGGAACAAGGCUAAGUCAUGCUUGUAUGAUUAGAAACGUUACUAACGACAUAAUCUGUGAUAAAGUUUCAAUGAUUUUGUGUCGGUAAAUAUAAAUAUUGUAGUCAGCUCUCAAGCAUUCCAAUACAGUUUUGUUAAAUUUUAUGACAUUCUACACGAAAUCCAAGCCUUUCCCUUUGUUAUGUAUAUAUAUAGCGAACCCUAUUGUUUUCGAGCUUCCCAUAAUCUAAUUUAGACAAUAGUUCAUAGAUUUUUUUUCAAGUGGUGGCGUUUUGUUAAUACAUAUUAUUCCAUUAGAGUCUUUAUGUUUAAACUACUUCAAAUUUGAUGAUAUUGCUUCUAGUCCUGUAUCCACACAUAGAAACCGCAUGAUCCUGGUGCAUUGUGCAUCAACACAUAUAUAUAUCGUACCGCUCAUCAUAUGUAAUAUUUUUAUAAUUCAUUACAACAUGGAUGAUACAUGUACAAUUAUAGUACUAAAGAAUGUAUGAAAUCAAUAUGGACAUAUCACGUGUGAAAUCUACAAAACAAAACAUAUCGCUUUGAGUUCAAUUUUGACAUACUGGAUGUGUUUCAAUGACAACUAGAGAGCGUUUCUUUUACGGCUGUGAUGUGUGACCUUCAUGCUUGAACGGCGUUUGUGGUGGCGUUUUUUAAUACAUAUUAUUCCAUCAUAGUCUUAAUGUUUAAACUACUACAAAUUUUGACAUACUGGUUGUGUUUCAAUGACAACUAGAGGGCGUUUCUAUUACGGCUGUGAUGUGUGACCUUCAUGCUGGAACGUAAAGCAUGCUGGGAAAGAUUUUGGGUUGAUGCAUACAGUGUGUAUAUUAUUUACUGUCUACAACAAUCGAUUUUACUAUGAAGUUCUAUCGUAAACAUUUUGUAUUGAAUUGUAAUGUUUCAUAUCAUAUACAGUGCAUUAUCACAUGGAAAAUCCAACACGGUGAAAGGUAUAGGUAAAACCUUGAAACAAGAUAAACAGUGAACCAAUAAGUACAUGACAUUGUUUAAUUUGUUUAGUGUGAUUUUAUAGAGAAAAAAAAAAAAAAAAAAAUUCUUAAAGCGCACAUUCCUAUUUUUCUAGUUAGUGCAUUCUAUUUUUUUUAUACUUUGACUUCUUUUAUACGUAUUACUGUUGUUAUACAUUAAAAGUUUAGGUGUAUUCAAAUAUACAUAAUGUAUGUACAAAUUAAAGGAAAAUAAAAUAAAAGAAAAAGC